AUGAAGAAAUUGCCGGGGGCAAACACACAUCAAGGUGAGCAAGCAACUUGCUGCUGCGUAUUGGAUUCCCAAACACGCAAUCCAGAUCCAUUACUUCCCGACGGCCUCUCUUUUAGCCGGACUAACUUGAUUAGUCUCUGCGGAACAAGCAUUCUUACCCUUGAACAAUACGAUUAACAGACUACAACUCUCUUCCAAGUUACCGUAAGUUUAAAUAAACAUUGCGCUCAAACCCCAGCUUCGAUAACUUCUACAUACAUUUACAUAUCUUGGAGAAACACAACUGAAAGUGGUAACAUUUUUGUGGCUUUGAUGACUUUGUUCUCUCCUCAGAUUUGAUUCCGCUUGAAUAAACCGAUCCAUGCCUAAUGAUUUGUGUUAUAAUAUCAUACACAUCCUGUAAGGAAGCAGACUCGGACGGGAAGCGGUAAAUGAGGCGUCGAGGCCGGAAAGUAAUUCAGAGUUUUGCGGCCUAAAAAGGAGGCCCUGAGGCGUUUCCCGCCACUCUCGGCUGAUUUAUUCCGAGACCAUUCCCUGAGGCUGAUUGAUGACUUUUUGUGUAAUGGCCUCGAGAUAAAGGACUCUCGGAUCGGCAGCCAUUAAGGUCUCCCCAUGCAUUCCGUUUUUUGCCUCCUUCUUUUAAUUAUUUAUUUUGUGAAUUGGUCCCUUCCGGCUACUAUUAAAUGCUCCCAGCCGAGUCUAAAUCCUCGGCCCAGACAUUGCAGAAAGUCCUGUAAGAAUGAUGAGAACUGUAAGAGAUCAAACAAGAGAUGUCUUUGUGAUGGGGAAUGUGGAUUGAGUUGUGUAAAUCCAAGUGAGUAGGGGGGAAUACAGAGUCGUUCAUUCCAUUUGUGGUUUCAGCGGCCACUUGUCAUCCGCUUUUGGAUAUUCGCAAUGGGUUUGUUAGAGUUCCCAGCGAAUUCUUAUUUGACUCCAAUGCCGAGUAUGGUUGCAACGAAGGGUUUGUUCUUGUUGGCCCAUCACAACGAAGAUGUCAAGGUAAUCGAGAAUGGAGUGGAGCUAAACCAACCUGUCGGCUUCAAAGUAAGUAUCGCCUUACGUAUUAAACCCACUUUUGAUUACUUUUCCUACCAAUAUUCAGCUAAAUGUGGACCCCCUCCGGAAAUACCAUAUGCCAGACAUUAUGGAACGGCAAUAAAUGGACAGUACGAAUUGAAUGACCAAGUUCCAUACAAUUGUGUAAACGGAUAUGUACAGACCUCAACAGGAUCAGGGGAACCAAUAGCAAAGUGUUUACUCAAUCGGAAGAACGUGGCCCAGUGGUACGGCCCCGACAUUAAAUGCAAUGGUAAUCUCUAUACCAAUUUAUUCACGUGCCUAGCCCAGUCAUGUCCCGAUCCCGGAGUCCCAUUGAAUGGAUUUCGAACAGGAGAUCUUUUCCAGUACCCCCACAAUAUUGAAUUCUCCUGCAGCGCCGGGUUUCGUCUGGUUGGCUCGGCUUAUAGAACAUGUACAAGUAAAGGGGAGUGGACAGGGCAAACAGCCAUCUGCAAACGUAGGAAUCAGUGAAUUAAAUUUUAUGAAUUCAGCCACGGAGUGUCAAAGACCGGCGGACCCAUUGCAUGGCACAGUCCUCGGCAGUUCCUUGACCUAUCAAUCGAUGGUUACUUACUCUUGCAAUGAAGGCUACCGAUUAGUGGGUCAAGUUCAACGAAUUUGCUUGGCCGAAGGUGUCUGGGCUGGUCAGGAGCCUCGGUGUGAAGGUAAAGACGAUUGAUUUGUUGAUCUCGACCUUUAGAAAUAAGAUGCCCGCCACUUCCAGUUCUCCAUAAUGGAUAUAUUGAAGGAGAAGAGACCAAUUUUGGAGCAAUCGUUGUUUUCAGAUGUCUCGAAGCAAUGAGUCAUGUGGGUGCUCCUUAUGCCAAAUGUGAAGAGUCUGGCCAAUGGAGCCACAUGCCUCCUAAAUGUCUGGCCGGAUGUAAAAUACCGGCCAUCACCAGUGGUCGGAUCAAUAACCAUGAAGAAGGAGAGCACAUUUCCCAUGGUUCGGAGCUUCUCAUCCAAUGUAAUCCAAAGCACGAAACGAGAUCUGGUGCUCAGAUUGUGUGCAAUAAUGGGACCUGGUCUCAUAUUCCACAAUGCAUCCCCUGUAAGCAAAACAAUUCUCUCUAAAGUCUUCUUUCAGUGAGAUGCAGAUCUUGGCCUCCUCGGGUGUCUAACAGUCAUGUAAUGUUUACCAAAUCCAAUCACGGCACCAUUGCCAAGUAUUAUUGUAGACAUGGCUACCGUCCCUCCACUCCCGGGAACCAAGUUAAAUGUCUUUAUGGCCAGUGGAACCGAGAAGGCCCCCCUUUCAGAUGCUUAGCCAGUGAGUUUUCCUUUGACUGUUCUACAUCUGACUUAGUGUCCUGUGAGCAUCCAAGUAAAGUAUACGGUAAUCUGCAAGGAGGCCAGAUAAUGCUAGAGGGGCAGAUGGGGGCUUAUGACUUUGCUGAUUAUAUUCAUCGAGUGCCUGAGGGCAGAGCAAUCAGCUUUUCUUGUCAUAAAGGGAAUCUUUUGAUUGGUAGGUGAUAGAAGAAGAAAAGCAACUCAUAGGACCUCCAAAAGCAUCUUGUGCCAAUGGAUUGUGGAGACCAACGAUAAAACCAAAAUGUGUAUCGCAACGACAUCCUGACAUGGAGGGGACAAUUAUCUGGGCUAGGAAGAAAAGAAGUAUUACUGAAUGUCCGGCCAUAAAUUCUGAUGAUACCAGAGAAGUGACAAUAAAAGGACAACAUAUACAAGUAAGCAAAGUAAAAAAUAGGCAUUAUAUUCACCUCUAGGUGAAAUGCAACAAAGGAUACAGGAAUAUGGUGAUCACAUCAAAGUGCAUUAACAAGGAAUGGAAACCUGAGAUAAAAGAAUGCGAAAGAAGUAAGAUUUUAUCCGAUAAAUAACUUUUGUCAUCAAAUCCUAAUGAAUUAAUUCAUGAAAAAAUUAAAGAAAGAUGUAAAGUCCCUUCGAGACUACAUGCCUUUUUUGUAAGUCCAAAAGACGGGAAGAUCCUGGGAUCUGGAGAGACCUUUGAAGAGCCGUUGACCCUUAUCUGUCUUCAAGGAUUUCAUCCCCAAGGAUCGACGAAGAUGACUUGUUCCGAUGGGAAGAUUAUUAAUCCCCCAGGCUUUUGUGUACCCAGUAAGUACUUAAGACAUUACUUAAUUUUAUUAUAGAGCCUUGUCCUCUUUUGCAAAUUCCUUAUGGAAUCUAUUUGAAUGCGAGUGUUGAGAAGAUUGAUCAUGAUCAAUCGGUUGUGCUUAGCUGUGGAGGGAAUACGAUGGAAAUUGGAUGCAAAUACGGAGAGUUGGAGCCUCAGCCAGUCUGUGAUGGUUUGUAAGACAUGUUCCUUCAUUCCUCAAAUUGGUCUUUUGUUAAUUCUUAGUUUACAAAUACAGUUACAAUACCUCUUAUAUAAUCAUAGACGAAUUGCAGCUCCGAAGAUGGUCAAAGUCUCACAUUGUGACAGGCCAGAGGUUCAAACAAAGCCAGCAGAGAUCUAUUACUUGUCCGAGAAUGAUUCGAAGGAUAAGGUCCAUCUCAACUUUGAUCGAUCCAUCUUCCCAAACGGUACUAUUAUGCAUUUUGGAUGCGAUUCUACAGAAGAAGAGGCCGCUGCCAUUAGAUGUGAAAACGGAGAAUGGAUAAGUUUAUUGGGAGAAUGUGUGAAAACAAGCACUGUGGGGGUGGAGAAGAUCGACUCUUCCUUGUGUAUGACCCCCAAAAUGGAGAACGGGAAGACUGUCAGCAAUGUCCCCAACUGGGCCACGUUGAAACAUCCCGUUUUCUUUCCACAUGGAUCAUCUUUAAUAGUAAGUAGAUCAGAAAGUAAUGAAAGAGCAGGUUUCGUGUUCCCAAACAGAAAUAUAUGAUAGAUUUGAAGAAUGGAAGUGUCGGAGGGGGAAGUGGCACAAAAAAGGAUUCAUAAAUUGCCCGACAAGUAAGUCCAAUCACUAGAUUAAUCACCAUUUCAGCGAACAUUUGUGAAUUCAAGGUCGACACAUCUUCCAAAUUAAAUGUCUUCUUCGAUCAGGGACGAGAUUAUGUAUAUUUUAACAGUAAAUUCCCAGGUGAGAAGCUCGAAUUACUCUAUUACAGUAUUAAUCAGAACGUUCCCGGCUCUUAUUCAGCUGCAAAGAUCACUUUAUGUCCAAAUUAAGAGGCCCAGUUUCUGCCGAAUGUAAGGCCGGAGAAUGGUCUCCGAGUAUACCGUACUGUAACUCAUUGGAUGUUCUCAAUCAGAAAGGUAUGACACGAAUCAUCUUCUUAAUUAUAUCACCUUCCUUUUAGGUGAUUCCCCUGCAAUUUAUUUCCGUGUGGAUAAAGGAAACUUCUUUAUAACGCCUGUCGGGACAUUGUUAGUAAACAGGUCCACAACUGUCCAUUUGUAUUGUUUUUAUCCCAGAUCUGGUUCCGAGAGCCCACAAUGGGUAACAAUUUUUAAUCAAAGAAAAGAUUUUAUUUGCAGGAAAGUUCUUCCCCUUAUCGCAGUUAUCCCCAAAGAUGGGUGAAGGGUGUUCAUCCAGAAUUUAAAGAGGCUGAUGCUCUUGAAGUAAGUUGAUCUUUAAAAGUCAUCCCUCUUAGCUAUUGAUAACUGUCGCCCAGCCGGAGGACAACAGUAUCUUCUACUGCAUCCUCCCAAAUCAUCAACGUUCUGGAGUCAGAUUGGAAGUGGCUGAUCAUACAUGUCGUCCCAUCUACAAUACGUCUUCCCUGAGAGUUCAUUCUUCAGUUAAAUCUACCUUUCCUGGGGGCAUUAUUCAUUUCUCUUGUGUCAAUGGCUACGAACUUAAAGGGCCGAGAAGUGUGACCUGUCUGGAAGGGGGAAGUUGGUCGCAUUUCCCUCCUAAUUGUCAAGGUAAACUAAAACAACCGGAAAAAUAUUUUUUUUUACCAAACACUAGUGAUUACAAUCCCAUUUACAGUCAAAUUAUGCCCUCCUUUGGUCAUCGAAGAUCCAAAAUUGACAUGUGCUGUGACAUCUCACAAGUUUGGAGGGAUCGCCCAGUGUAAUUGUGCUGUAGGAUUUGUUUUGAAUGGAUCAAAUGCAUUGCAUUGUUCUGAUACAAGUCAAUGGAGUGAUCCGGUUCCUAGCUGCAAGAGUAAGAAAAAUAAUUUAAAAUUUCAACCUGCGGAAACAAAAAAAUUUUACAAGGAAAGUAUUUACUUUUAUGGGUUAUACUAUGUCCCGUCUAAAAGUAGGAUCCCCCAUAAAAGUGCUUUGUUUUCAGAGAUCUUGUGUCCGAAGCCACCAAUCCCAGAGAAUGGAUUUGUCUUCGAUGCCAGGAAUGUUCCGCUCGAAGAUUUAAAGUCGAAUUACUCUGCGGGUACUGUAAUUAUAUUCGGUUGUAAGCCCGGUUUCAUGGUCUCAGGCACUGAUUUCAUCGUCUGUGAGAAGUCCGGAAUUUGGUCUCAUCUCCAAACUGAAUGCAAUGCCUAUUGUAAAUAUCCUCAAACCACUCCAGAAGUAAUGUCUACACAGCCCAGACGUGAUUACUACUUAACUGGAGAGAAGAUUGUCUUUAUUUGUAAGAGUAAUCAGCUCAGAUUAAGGUCGGAGAAUGUUCUGGAAUGUCUGAACGAUGGCCAAUGGUCCAGAUCUGCUCCAACUUGUGUCCAGAGAAGACGGAAUGGGAAUAACACUGACCUUUUCAAGUAG